GCAUAUCAUCUUUUUCAUUCGUUGAAUUAGAUGAAUAAACAAAAAUAAAUAAAUAUAGACUCCUUUACAAUCGAGAAAAAAAAUCAGUUUUUAACAAAUAGGAGUUGUUUUACAGUAAUUAUCCGGUUCCCUCGGUUUCUUUGAAGUCAGCGCGGUCAAAAUUGAUAACGAUUUAGGUAAACACAGUAAUACGAAACGAACGCAUGAUCGACGAAAAUAUUUCAAAUUAGUUCCUCUUUUCUUUAUUAAAAGAAUGUUAAAUGUCACAAAAAUAUUUCUUUUAUUUGAAUUUUAAUGAUUAUAAUUUGAUGUACAACAUUUUAUCAUUAUUACCAUUUUCAAUAUAUAUAUUUAAGAAAAGAAAAAUUUCGUUUGAUAAAAAUUUCAUAACUACUAUGUAAAAAGAAAAGGAAUACACAAAAGCUAACACAUUCAGUCUGACACGAGCAAAAGCGAUAUUGGAAACAUGAAUUUAGUCUUAAUAUUUUGUUAGUCGUAAGUCUACAGUUGUAUUUUUCAACUAUAGUAGCUGAAAACAUUAUUAAUCAACACACGUGUAAGUUUGAGGAAAAGUCAAAAACUUUGAUUUGUAGUUACACGGGACAGGGAAAUUAUGUAACAGACAGGCAGAUAGAUCAAGUGGAAAUUGUCCGGUUUCAUUUCUUUGGAAAAGGACUUAUUCAGAUCAAAUCUUCUCACCUGCCAGCCUUAAAACAAGUGGAAGUGAUGAAAGCGCUUACAAGUGUGAACGAGGUCUGCAUGUCUGUGCAUGCGGAUGCUCCAGUAAAAGUGGAAGACAACUUCUGUGAAACCAUCAAGGAUUCUCCAACUUCAAUUUCAUUUCAAGAUUAUCCAUCUACAAUUUCAAAUGAACAUGCGAAAUCAACCCAAAGUAAACUAUCAGUUACUAUAGAGAUGAGAAAAGAGGACUAUGCAACAGAACAGACUCGAGAAGCUCCGAUAGGAAAGACACAAACCUUAACAAUUAUUAUCACAGCUUUGUCUGUUAUCCUGCUAGUUAUUCUUCUAAGUUGGGUAAAAGCUAGAAUCAGUAGAAUGUUAGAACAGAGAACACAACGAAAAUUAAUGAGACCAACGUUUCCCGGACUAUCCUUUUCAGAACGAAUGAGAGCUAGGCGUGGAGGUAGAUCACGAACUGCUGACUCAGAAGUGUGAUUUCUUUUAUCUAUUUACAGUUGUAAUCAUAUGCAUCUACAGAAUGAGGAUAAGACUUCGUAGAAAUGUUCCAGGAUGGAGAGAUAUCCGAGGUCUUCUAAAUGCUCCAAUCCUAAAUCAGCAUAAUUACAAUCUAAGACCAAGACGACGAUAACCUCGUAUAAAGAAAAUAAUAUCUCUAUUUUCGGGAAAUGAACACUACUAUAUCUAGUUAUUAUUAGCUCUAUGGAAACUUAAAUACUUUUGAAAAGGAGAACAAAUAUUUUCUGAAAUGCAUGCUAACAUAAUAUAUAUCUAGUCAUUCUUAAGUUUGUUUGAUUAUAGUGCUACACUAGAGUUUUUAAGUGUAGAUUUUUUUGCUAGUAGAAUCUAGUCAUGUUAAAUUAUUAGUCUAUGUUUUAUGUAGUAGAUGUUAU